CCCGCGCCAGGCCCUUGGCCCGGCUGCUCGCGGGCGGGUGAUACCCGACGCCCCCUCUCCGGGCGGGCCGGGGUGCGGAGGGAGUGAUGGCCGCUGCAGGUCGUCCGGCGGUAUUUAUUUUUUAUCAGAUAUUCGUUCAUCCCCCGCUCGACCCCCACAGCGCUGAUGGACCGAUGUGGAAAUGGAUGUAUCUGUCUCUCUGAAGAGUGAAGACGGAGCGGAGCGGAUUCUCUCCCUGAACCUGGGCGUCCGGUGCCGCCUCCAAGCUGGCGAUGUCAAGGGUGCCGAGCCCCCCGCCUCCGGCAGAGAUGUCCAGCGGGCCGGUCGCCGAGAGCUGGUGCUACACCCAGAUCAAAGUGGUGAAAUUCUCCUACAUGUGGACCAUCAAUAACUUUAGCUUCUGCCGGGAGGAAAUGGGCGAGGUCAUCAAGAGUUCGACGUUUUCGUCGGGAGCCAACGAUAAACUGAAAUGGUGUCUGCGCGUGAACCCCAAAGGGCUGGACGAGGAAAGCAAAGACUACCUGUCGCUCUACCUGCUGCUGGUCAGCUGCCCGAAGAGCGAGGUGCGAGCCAAGUUCAAAUUCUCCAUCCUCAAUGCCAAAGGAGAAGAGACCAAGGCCAUGGAGAGCCAGCGAGCUUACCGGUUCGUGCAGGGGAAAGACUGGGGGUUCAAGAAAUUUAUCCGUCGAGAUUUCCUCCUGGAUGAGGCCAACGGGCUCCUUCCCGACGACAAGCUGACGCUGUUCUGUGAGGUGAGCGUGGUGCAAGACUCGGUGAACAUCUCCGGCCAGAACACCAUGAACAUGGUCAAAGUGCCCGAGUGCCGCUUGGCGGACGAACUGGGAGGCCUCUGGGAGAACUCGCGCUUCACCGACUGCUGCCUGUGCGUGGCCGGCCAGGAGUUCCAGGCGCACAAGGCCAUCCUGGCAGCCCGCUCUCCGGUCUUCAGCGCCAUGUUCGAGCAUGAGAUGGAGGAGAGCAAAAAGAACCGGGUGGAGAUCAACGACGUGGAGCCGGAGGUGUUCAAGGAGAUGAUGGGCUUCAUCUACACGGGGAGAGCGCCCAACCUGGACAAGAUGGCUGACGACCUGCUGGCGGCAGCCGACAAGUACGCCCUGGAGCGUUUAAAGGUGAUGUGUGAGGACGCCCUGUGCAGCAGCCUGUCGGUGGACAACGCCGCCGAGAUCCUCAUCCUGGCCGACCUGCACAGCGCCGACCAGCUCAAGACGCAGGCCGUGGACUUCAUCAACUACCACGCCUCCGAUGUGAUGGAGACCUCCGGCUGGAAGUCGAUGGUGGGGUCCCACCCCCACCUGGUAGCCGAGGCCUACCGUUCCCUGGCGUCGGCCCAGUGCCCCUUCCUGGGGCCGCCACGCAAGCGCCUGAAGCAGUCGUAAGGCCGCGGAGGACGGCGGCGGCCGCGGACCCCCC